AUGGAAGAACCGAAGGUGAUUGAUACCCCCAUUGCUACUGCUACUAAGCUAGACAUGGAUGAUUCUGGAUCAUCCAUAAAUCAAAAAAUGUAUCGGGGAAUUAUUGGCUCUCUACUCUACCUCACUACCAGCUGGCCAGACAUUGUAUUCAGUGUGGGUUUAUGUGCAAGUCUUCAAACAAAUCCUAAGGAAUAUCAUCUGAACGCUGCUAAGAGAAUUCUGAGAUAUCUGAAGGGCACACAGGACUUGGUUCUAUAUUAUCCUUCAGGUGACAAUUUCAACCUUACUGGUUAUGCUGACGCUGAUUAUGCAGGUUAUCUGGUAGACAGGAAGAGCACAUCUGGAAUGGCUCAUUUUCUUGGAUCAUGUUUAAUCUCAUGGGGUACAAGGAAACAAUACUCAGUGGCUCUCUCAACAGCUGAAGCAGAAUAUGUUGCAGUUGCCUCGUGCUGUGCUCAGUUACUAUGGAUCAAGCAACAAUUGGAAGAUUUUAGGGUAUACAUUGAUUGUGUACCGCUUCUACGUGACAACACCGGUGAUCAAAGAACCCGGUCCAGAACAAGAAAACCAAACACAUUAAUGUCAGACACCAUUUUCUUGGAGAUAAUGCGGAAAAGGGACUUAUUUGUAUGA